UUGGGAGAGAAAGUACGCAAUCUCCUUGUUCCUUAAAUCUGUGGAUUUCAUGCAAACGUGUGAAAAUUUGGGAAGUUUGAAAGUCAAAUGUGUGCAUUUGUGAGCUGGAGGAAGAACACGCACACCACCUUCAUACUCAGUCUGGAGGAUCAGGGUGUGUUACGGCUGCACUGGCAGCUCAGAAGAUCUCCAGAGACCAGAGUUGAACCAAUCCGAGCCAUGAGAAGGUCUCAGGGCUCCACCAUGUUGCCCUUCAUACUUUUUAUGUCGAUAUUAUGCCAAGGUCACGCUGUUGACUACGGCACCGAAUUUGUCACGGCAUUUCCAGAGAACCUCGCUUACUACUUUCCAGCUCAGCCGGUCUUCCAGCUGAGGAUCACCACCUUCCUCCCUAGCACUAAUGUUGCGAUCACGCUUAACGGCGCAAAUAUUAACCAGUCAACCAUCAACCUUGCUCAGGUGUAUCUCGUGAAUAUUCCGAACCCUGAGGUGUUUGAAUUAGGACAGACCAUGAAGGUUGUCAGAGUCGUCAGCGACAAGAACAUCUCCGUACUUUCUAUCAGCAGGCGAGGAGACAGCACACAGUCUAACGUCGUCCCACCUACAGCCAACCUCGGAACGAACUAUGUGGUCCCGUCCCCUAAUUACACCGAGUUCGCUGUUCAGCUGAACAACUAUAACGCGAGCGUGUUCACCGGCUCUACUGACGUACCCCUGGAUUACAAUUUCAGGUUGAUCAUUAUUAAUGCAGAGCAGGUGAACAACAGCAUAACGGUGACCGGAAAAACUCCGACCGGAGAUGACGAUACUCUGAUCACCCUGACCUCUUUUGAGCUGAUCCAGUUUGCGAGCGACAGGCUCUGGUUUAAAGUCUCAUCUGUCGGAAAAGUGGCCGUGAUCAUUACCAAUCCGUGUAUCGACACACAGAAUUGCAGGUGUAACAUGGUCGCGCAUCAGCUGCGUCCCAUCGAGGUUUUGGGAACUGACUUUAUCUUCCCUCCCUAUAACACCACCCUCACGCGCCUCUUUGUAUCCGCGGCCGACACCGUCAGUGUCAACUCUGGCUCAGAAAGCAGGACUGUUGCUCCUGGUUCCAUUGGACUGCUUCCUUCAUUACCAGGUCUAAACACGGGAGCCUCGAGUCUCACCACGUCACUCCCAGCAUCAGUAAUAGCAAUCAUUCCUGGCCUCCUCAUCGAUAUUAUCCCCAAAACCAUGUUUUCUGGCUGCUACUUGGUUCACACCAUUGUUCAGAGCCAGGCGAGGGCUUUAAUCAUAGUAGAAACGGCGCAAAAAGGUAGUGUCAUGAUCGGUGCCGCUCCACUCACUGGGGUAUCCUUUAAUGAUUCCAGUGCUUCAGGGUACUCAUGGACCAUUUACAGCCUGAGUAAUUGUAAGUCAUGCGUCAUUUGGCAUCCUACCUCACGUAUCGCCGUGUAUGUCUUUGAGAAUUCGGCGUCCGGGGUGACUUUUGGAGGUCCUGCAAUUUCUGUAAACGACGAGCCAGACCCUAAUGGUUGUGUUGUGGUUCCCGUGCCGUAUGAGCUUUCUAACAACACGAUGAGCUGGCAGCAGUCUCGUUCUCACUGCACAUCCAAAGGCAUGGUGCUGGCGAGUCCCAACCUCAACUUCACACAGAACAAAAUGGCUGCUACACUGAACAACAUGAACGUGGAAGGUUUUGCGUGGCUCGGCCUGCGGCGCAACCUCAUGACCUCAGAGUGGUUAUGGCAAACAUCCACCAGCUUCACCUUCGCCAACUGGGACAGCAACAACAACCAGCCAGCAGGUGGCCUGUGCGUGUCCAUGAUAAUGGAACCCAGUGGGAAUUUCACAUGGAGCACCGUGCGCUGCUGCUCACCCAUGUUGCCCCUGUGUGCUGGAGAAAUGGUGGUCCUCAGUACCGUUAAUGACUGGAGUUAGAGUGUUUAGUCGAGCACCACCACCUCCUCUGGGCUUAACCACAAACCUGUCAAUCAUCCAGUUACCUACAGAUGAUAAAAUCAUUCUUACUUAAUUUCAUUUUCCAUUGUUAAAGCCAACUUACGAGUUUAUUGAACACAAGCUGAUAAUCGGCUCCUGUAACCUGCAUCACCUGCUUUCAUUUGCUUCAAACUUCAGAAUAUGAACCACUGAACCUGCAUAACAUCCAUGCUAAUGCUAAUCACACAACAUUCCUUAUAUGUUGUCUUAUUAGCAUAGUGCCUGGCUAAUCAAUUAUUUUAACAAUCAUAUAUAAUAGAAAUGUAAAGAUGGUAACAUAAUCGCUACUGUAGCUACUGAGGCUAACAUCUACCAACAGCUAAUUCCACUUAAACAGAUUCUGUGUGUUCAUGACCAAUUCUGAUUAGGCAAAGUGAAUGAAAUCAGACGGAAUUGCCUUUGACUAUCUGCUAUAAUAGUAAUAUAAUAUUCUAAAACAACAACAACAAAAAAAAACCUAAAUAUUUUUUCAACUUACUGAAUUUUCAUUACAAUUAUUAAAGCAUAUUACAUGCUAAUAGAUACUUAGCUUUACCUUUAAUUCUGUAAAUAUAUAUCCUUUACAAAUUAUUAAUUAAAAUGCAACAUAUAUGUAGAUGUAAUGUGUAGCAGAUUAGAUCAUUAUAGUAGCUGUAACUUAUACUCAUGUCCUCAACUGUCCCAAAUGUCUCGAACAGAUAUGUAUGCUGUAAUAAAGAUUAAUAAAUAUAUA